AUGGUGCGUUCUCCCCGUAGGAGCCAUCUGCUGCACGCCACUAUGCGAAGCUCCGACAGAAGAAUGAGGCGCUCCGGGUGGGAACAGGAGACGAGCCCAGGGAAGGCAAUGAACCCCGGUGACGAGCUGAUCGUCACCUACAGAGAGCUGUGCAGAAGGCUCUGUCGUCGCAUGCGUCCCUCAAGUUCACAAGGUGUGAAGACGGGCGACAGAGUGUCCCAUCUACAUGCCCAUGGUGGUGGAGAGUGGUCGCCAUGA